AUGGAAAAGAGCCACUUGUCAGGAAGCGCCGCAUACUGCCACCCAUUGGAGAAGUGGCUGAGGAAGACCAACAUGUUUUCAUUCCCUUACAAGGAUGUGGACAACAUUGGCAAGUUGUUUGAUGGCGGGCAUAGUGUUGUAUUCAUCCGUGGCGGCGUGGCCAUCGGCAAGACCACAUUGGCAGAGCAUUUGGGCCGCUCUGAGAAGUAUGUGAAUGUGCCCUUCACUGAACAUGGUCUUGACGAUGCUUGGAGGGUGAGCACAGUGGAAGCCGUGGAACAAGCAACUGGCAAAGUUGACAGAGAUGGUUCAGCUUUCCGGAAUGCGCUGAAGCAAGCCAAGGACAACAACUUGACCCUGAUUUAUGAUGAAGCUCACACACUGUUCCUCUCUCCAGACCUAUGCUCAGCCCUAUUCAAAGCAAGCAUUCACUAUCGACCACGGGUCUUGCUGUUCUCAGCGUCAGGUGAUGCUUCAAACACAUCAGGCCUCGCCAUGACAACGCCAAGUGAAAUCACCCAAAAACUCAUGUGGAAACCACCUCUACCCUGCAGUCUAGACCUGAAAAGACAGCUGGAGGAAAGUGGCGUCAAGCUGGACGAAGAGAGCAUCGACUUCUUUGCCAGCUUCUGUGGUGGGCAUCGAGGCAUUUUCAUCGCUGCGAUGCACUGGGUGAAGAGCAAGCAGAACGCUGUUGACAGUUGGAGCCUCAGAAAGACGGUGGGAUGUGUGCGGAACAGCUACAACGAGGGGAGUUGGAACUGUGCUGACACAGAGCUUCUAGGGUUUGUGAGAUCGAGCCGUGCAGUGCGUAUCAAUGGUAGGUUCCACGCUGUUGGACACAUUCCUCAGGAGUUUGUAGAGCUGCUUUGCAAAGGGGCAUGCAGCAUUGCAGAAACGGACGUUCGGAGAGAGCUUACCGUCAAUGGCUUUGUGCUUCCAAAACCUGACAGAGGCAUUGAAGCAGAGUUCCAAAAACUGGACUGGAACAACGCACAUAUGGAGCACCAAGUGGCGAACCCUCUACUGGCUUCAUAUUACCGCUUCAUUUUGAAGACACGAUGCGCUUUGGAAGUUGCGUGGGAAAGGAGCAAUCCCCAACACUGUGCAGACUUACUGAUGCGAGCAUUGCCCUACCUGUUCUUCUCCAAGGUCGUGAGCUUCGAAGGAGAUGUAUCUCAGUUGGCGAAGGGCGGUCUCCCACACGAGCAACAGUAUAACCAAGCCAUCCUCAGUGUGUUGACGGAAAUCGGCUACAAGCCCUUUGCUCCACAAUCGUCGACGGAGGGUGACGGGAAGCCAGACCUUAUGGUCAAAAUUUGUGAGGAGACGUUUGUCAUGGAGGGCGCGAAGGAACAGAUCGAAGAGCACCUUGGCCGCUUCAAUAAGUAUGAGAAUUACAAGAAUGCCAAGCACAAGGGUGUCUACAUGAUCGGCAAGGACAAUGAGAAGGUGCUUCGGACCGUGAUGUCAUCUUGUGGAGGCGAUGUCCAAGUCAUAGGCUUGGUCCCCAACAUCGCCCACACCGCCUACACCGUUCACGUGAAGAGCAAGGGCAUCACAAGCAUCAACACCUUCAGGGUGGACUGCGACCUCGUGGCAAGGAGGUUGGUGCUCAAAGACGAUGGCAAGCCUGAGCUCCACAGUGUCCAAUCGCUGAAGAGCGUCAACCUGUUUACAAAAGCUCAGAGCAGCCCAUUUGCCGGAUCUGCAGGCACGACCUCAACGUCCUCCGUCUGGGUGCGGGAGCUGAUCCGCAAGGAUGGGAAGAUCACAGAAAAGCUGAGGCCCAAGGACCCUGAGGGCGAGGACGAGCUCGAGCCGGCGUUUCAGGUGGAGUCUCCUCAGGACCAUCCGACACUCAAAAAUGUGGACCAUUUGAAAACAGACCCGCCCUCGGCGUGCUUCCUUUGCGCAUGUCCCGACAUGUGCGCAAGUCACGAGGCCAUUAAGCAGAAGAAUUCCGUCAGUCUCGAGAAGAUCGAUGCAAGGAAUAUCGACAUCUACUCACAAGAAGCUGGCGGAGCGUGGCAGCGCAUCGAACGCACAUCGGAAGCCCUGCGUCAGGACACCAGCGAGCGAGACUGCUACGGCUUUUUGCCGCGACGGGCAACUUGA